AUGUUAACAAAGAUUAAAACCAAUAACAAAUGCAAAACUAGUUCUGCUCAUUGCAUUUCUGACGAGCUUUUUGAUCCACUAUUAUGUAAGUUGCCAUCUCUUUUCUCAGCGAUUCUUUGUGGGCCACCCCCAGCCAUUGACAACGGAAAUGUCGUUAACCUCUAUGGAGAAGAUUUUCCCUAUGGAAGCGUGGUGACCUAUCACUGCCAUCCCGGACAGAGAGGGAAAAAGCAGUUUGAGCUUGUGGGCAACCCAUCGAUAUAUUGCACCAGCAAAGACAAUCACGUUGGCGUAUGGAGCAGCCCUCCGCCUCAGUGCAUCAUACCUAAUAAGUGCACACCUCCACACAUUGACAACGCAGUGAGGGUGUCUGAGAACAAGACCUUAUUUUCCUUACAUGAAACCGUGAGGUUUAUCUGCGAGCCCGGCUUUGUCAUAAAAGGACCCUCCAGCGUGCAAUGCCGAGCCCAAAACAAAUGCGGGCCAGAGUUGCCGAGCUGCUCUCGAGUAUGUCAGCUGCCUCCAGAAAUUCUGCACGGAAUGCACAGUGCAGAAAACCAGGCCAAUUUCUCCCUGGGGCAGGAAGUGUCCUACAGCUGCGAGCCUGGCUAUGAUCUCCAAGGGGCAGCGUCUCUGCACUGUACACCCCAGGGAUACUGGAGCCCGGCAGCCCCAAGAUGUGCAGUGAAAUCAUGUGCAGACUUCCGGGACCAACUCCCUAGUGGCCGUGUGCUCUUACCACUGAAUUUCCAGCUUGGGGCAAAAGUGUCCUUCAUUUGUGAUGAGGGGUUCCACCUAAAGGGCAGUUCUGCUAGUUACUGCGUCUUGGUUGAAAUGGAAAGCCUUUGGAAUGACAGUGCUCCUGCGUGUGAACAAAUCUUUUGUCCAAAUCCCCCCUCUAUCCUCAAUGGGCAGCACAAUGGGCCUUCUCAGGGAGAUGUUCCCUAUGGAAAGGAAAUAACUUACAUGUGUGACCACCACCCAGCCAGAGGGAUGACCUUCAACCUCGUUGGGGAGAGCACCCUCCGCUGCACCAGUGAUGAUGAAGGGAACGGGAUCUGGAGCGGCCCUGCCCCUCGCUGCAAACUUGCUGGUCCUGCAGGUCAGUGCAAAACUCCGGAACACCUCCUAUUUGCCAAGCUGGCAAAUCCUACUGAUGAGAAUGAGUUUCCUAUUGGGACAUCUCUGAAGUAUGAGUGCCGCCCUGGUUACUCUGGGAGAAGGUUCUUUAUCACCUGCCUCUCCAACUCGGUCUGGUCAAGCGCCGAAGACAAGUGUCAGCGGAGAUCAUGUGGAACUCCUCCAGAACCCGCCAAUGGCAAAAUGAUCGUAAACGGAGAUGCCCGGUUUGGGUCAACUGUUAAUUACAUCUGUAAUGAAGGAUACCGACUUAUUGGUAAGACCUCUAUUGCAUGCAUCAUCUCAGGCAAGACUGUCUCCUGGGAUGACGAUCCACCUAUUUGUGAGACGAUUCUUUGUGGGCCACCCCCAGCCAUUGACAACGGAAAUAUCAUUAACCUCUACGGAGAAGAGUUUCCCUAUGGAAGCGUGGUGACCUAUCGCUGCCAUCCCGGACAGAGAGGGAAAAAGAAGCAGUUUGAGCUUGUGGGCAACCCAUCGAUAUAUUGCACCAGCAAAGACAAUCACGCUGGCGUAUGGAGCGGCCCUCCGCCUCAGUGCAUCAUACCUAAUAAGUGCACACCUCCACACAUUGACAACGCAGUGAGGGUGUCUGAGAACAAGACCUUAUUUUCCUUACAUGAAACCGUGAGGUUUAUCUGCGAGCCCGGCUUUGUCAUGAAAGGACCCUCCAGCGUGCAAUGCCAAGCCCAAAACAAAUGGGGGCCAGAGUUGCCGAGCUGCUCUCGAGUAUGUCAGCUGCCUCCAGAAAUUCUGCACGGAAUGCACAGUGCAGAAAACCAGGCCGAUUUCUCUCCGGGGCAGGAAGUGUCCUACAGCUGCGAGCCCGGCUAUGAUCUCCGAGGGGCAGCGUCUCUGCGCUGUACGCCCCAGGGAGACUGGAGCCCAGCAGCCCCAAGAUGUACAGUGAAAUCAUGUGCAGACUUCCGGGACCAACUCCCUAAUGGCCGUGUGCUCUUACCACUGAAUUUCCAGCUUGGGGCAAAAGUGUCCUUUGUUUGUAAUGAGGGGUUCCACCUAAAGGGCAGUUCUGCUAGUUACUGCGUCUUGGUUGAAAUGGAAAGCCUUUGGAAUGACAGUGCUCCUCUGUGUGAACAAAUCUUUUGUCCAAAUCCCCCCUCUAUCCUCAAUGGGCAGCACAAUGGGCCUUCUCAGGGAGAUGUUCCCUAUGGAAAGGAAAUAACUUACAUGUGUGACCACCACCCAGCCAGAGGGAUGACCUUCAACCUCGUUGGGGAGAGCACCCUCCGCUGCACCAGUGAUGAUGAAGGUAACGGGAUCUGGAGCAGCCCUGCCCCUCGCUGCGAAACUUGCUGGUCCUGCAGGUAUCGAAUCAUUGGCUCCCCUUCCUUGGGUUGUCUCCUGUCGGGCAGUACUGUCACUUGGGAUAAGGAAGCACCUGUGUGUGAGGAAAUCUUCUGUCCAAAUCCUCCCUCUAUCCUUAAUGGGCAGCACACCGGACCUUCUCAGGGAGACAUUCCCUAUGGAAAGGAAAUAACUUACACGUGUGACCACCACCCAGCCAGAGGGAUGAACUUCAGCCUCAUUGGGGAGAGCACCCUCCGCUGCACAAGUGACGAUGAAGGGAACAGGAUUUGGAGCGGCCCUGCCCCUUACUGCGAACUUGCUGGUCCUGCAGAAUGCCCCCAUCUGCCCAAGAUCCACAAUGGGUAUUACCUUGAAAGACCUGCAUCUCCAUAUCUUCCUGGAAUGACUGUCAUCUACACUUGUGACCCAGGCUACUUGUUGGUGGGAAGAGCCUUCAUAUUGUGCACAAACCAGGGAACCUGGAGCCAAUUUGAUCAUUUUUGCAAAGAUGUAAAAUGUAUCAUCCCAGAGUUUAUGAAUGGAAUCCGGAAGGAGCUGGAAAUGAGAAAAGUGUAUCACUAUGGAGAUAAGAUAACUUUCGAGUGUGAGAAUGGGUAUACUCUGAAAGGCAAUCCCCAGAGCCAAUGCCAGGCAGACAACACAUGGAACCCUCCUCUGGCCAUAUGCACAUCUAGUAAAUGGAGCUGCAAGAAAUGCACAAGUGCUCUCAUAGUCGGUAUUAUCUUUGGCGUGAUCUUCUUUCUUUCAUCUGUCAUUGGCUCUUAUUGGAUAAUUGUAAAGCGCAAAAAAAGCAAGAAUACAGAUGGGAAACCUAAAGAGAUGAUCCAUUUACAUCCUCAAGAAGACAACAGUGUAAAGCCUCAGACUCUGCAAACCAAUCAGGAAGACAGCAGCAGUGUCUCAACUUUGGCCGUAUUUUCUUGGGCCCUACACAGCAACCACGAAGGAGGGCAGAAACACAUCUUCUGA